GAAAAGGCCAUUAGUGACAAAUGGGGGAGCAGUGUCAAAUAGGAAAAAGCCAUUUGUGCUAAAUGGGGGGCAGUUUCAGGUAAGAAAAGGCCAUUUGUGAUAGACAUGGGGGGCCGUGUCAGGUAGGAAAAGGCCAUUAGUGACAAAUGGGGGGGCAGUGUCAAGUAGGAAAAGGCCAUUAGUGACAAAUGGGGGAGCAGUGUCAAAUAGGAAAAGGCCAUUUGUGCUAAAUGGGGGGCAGUUUCAGGUAAGAAAAGGCCAUUUGUGAUAGACAUGGGGGGCCGUGUGAGGUAGGAAAAGGCCAUUAGUGACAAAUGGGGGUCGUGUGAGGUAGGAAAAGGCCAUUAGUGACAAAUGUGGGGCAGUGUCAAGUAGGAAAAGGCCAUUUGUGAAAGACAUGGGGAGCCGUGUCAGGUAGGAAAAGGCUUUUAGAGAGAAAUGGGGGCAGUGUCAGGUAGGAAAAACUCAUUUGUGAUAGACAUGGGGGGCAGUUUCAGGUAGGAAAAGGCCAUUUGUGAUAAAUGGGGGGCUGUUUCAGGUAGGAAAAGGCCAUUAGUGACAAAUAGGGGGCAGUGUCAGGUAGGAAAAGGCCAUUUGUAAUAAAUGGGGGGUGUUUCAGGUAGGAAAAGGCCAUGUGUGAUAGACACGGGGGGCAGUGUCAGGUAGGAAAAGGCCAUUAGUGACAAAUGGGAGGCAUUUGGGAGCUUUGUAGAGAAAUGUGAAUGAAAGGAGAGCUAGUUUCAAGAUAUAUCUGAUGGGGAUGGGCAAGGCUGUCCAAGAGAGAUAUGGGAGUUGUAGAGCAGGCUGGGAGUUAGAAAUGCCUGAAGAAGUGGAGGCCUCUGGGGGACGUGUGUUAGUAAUGAGAGCACCGAGUGGCUGCCGGAGAUAAAGGGGUCUUCCAUAACAACCUGCAGCGUGGGUGCCAAGUACUCGUUGAACCAACUGGAGAAUAUGUGCCGUGUGGCUAAGCUCUGCUGCCAUGAUCUCGGCGUCACAAAGAAGAAUAUGUGCAUCUUUGAGGUGGAUUAUCUGUGCAACUACAAGAAGAUUGACGAUAAAGAGUACUACCUGGUCAAGUGGAAAGGUUACCCCAAAUCCGAAAACACUUGGGAGCCACGCCGGAACUUGAGAUGCGCUGCCACCUUGAAGCAGUUCCACCGAGACGUGGAGGGGGAGUUGUUCCGCCGCAGUGGGCGGCGGCCCCGGGCCCGGCCCCCUCGCCACCUGGACACCGCUAUGGUCAGUUUUCUGGAGCAGAAGGGCGAGCAGCGCAAGGCCCUGCGGCGUUGGGAGAAGGAGCUGAAUCUCGCACGGGGUCACAAGGGCUCCAUCGCAGUGGAAAACGAAGUGGACUUAUUUUGGCCCCCAGAGGACUUCAUGUACAUCAACGAAUACAGAGUGAGCGAAGGGAUCACUGUGGAGCAGGUGACAGCCGGCUGCGAAUGCAAGAACUGUCUGGAGGCGCCAGUCAACGGCUGCUGCCCUGGCGCGUCGCUCAACCGGUUUGCCUAUAACAUCCAAGGUCAGGUGCGGCUAGAAGCUGGCCAGCCCAUCUAUGAGUGCAACUCACACUGCCUCUGCGACAUACAGUGCCCCAAUCGCGUGGUCCAGAGAGGCAUCUACUACAACCUGUGCAUCUUCCGCACGGACAACGGACGGGGCUGGGGCGUCCGCACCCAGGAGAAGAUCCGCCGCCACACCUUUGUCAUGGAGUACGUGGGUGAGAUCAUUACCUCUGAGGAGGCAGAACGGCGUGGGCGGGUCUAUGAUCGCCAGGGAAUCACCUACCUCUUUGAUUUGGACUAUGUGGAAGAUGUCUACACAGUGGAUGCAGCACAUUUUGGGAACAUCUCCCACUUUGUCAACCAUAGCUGCUGCCCCAACCUCCAGGUCUACAAUGUCUUCAUUGAUAAUCUGGACGAGCGCCUUCCACGAAUUGCCUUUUUUGCCACCCGAACUAUCUGGGCAGGCGAGGAGUUAACCUUUGACUACAACAUGCAAGGCUCUCCCAAGAAGCGGGUGCGGAUCGCGUGUAAAUGCGGAGCUGAAUUCUGCCGGAAGUACCUCUUCUAAUACCGUCACCUGCGUUUUCCUGACAGCCCAGGAAGGUCGUGGGCCAGCCCCCCACCCCCUCCCCGUCUCUUGCUCAAUUUGAGGGGAAGCCAAAGAUCUACCUUUCAAGGCAGAAAACUUACUGCCCACCCCCCUUCCCCAUUUCCCUUGGGCUGCAGGGGAAGGGGGCAUCCAGAGUUUACCUACCCUAGCCCAUCGCCCUCACACAACUUAAGUUGAAUUCACGGUUGAUGAUAAUGUUUUCAGUCCCCUGCUGGGGAUGCUCGGGAAGUGGAUCUCUGCUGCUUCCUGAGGUUGUGAUGAUCAAUCCAUCAACUGAUGAUUUCAACAGUUUUGGAGCCAUUUCUCAGCUUAUAUAAUACAUUGGUUUGUGUUCUUUAUGUGAUCUUUGUUUCGCCGCUUCCUCUCGCGGGGCGAGCCCUCGGUCGGGGAGGGAA